AAAUAUCAUCUUAUAUAUCUACAUACCCAACAACAGCCACUCUCUUUAACCUGUCUCACCAACUCACAUCUAGAAGCUAUUUUCUGUCUUCUCUCUCUGUCCCCAUUCUUUUCUUUUAGGUCAAACUCCCUAUAAAAUCAUAACCUCAACUCCUUCUUACACUGGCUCACCUUUCUUCUCUUGUUAUUUUCUGUCUCUGUAACCCUUUAACCAACCAUGGGAAGAUCACCUUGCUGUGAAAAAGCUCAUACUAACAAAGGUGCUUGGACUAAAGAAGAAGACGAUAGAUUGAUUUCUUAUAUUCGCGCUCAUGGUGAAGGCUGCUGGAGAUCUCUUCCUAAAGCUGCUGGUUUACUCCGCUGCGGCAAAAGCUGUCGUCUAAGGUGGAUUAACUAUCUCCGGCCAGACCUUAAACGCGGGAACUUUACGGAAGAAGAAGAUGAACUCAUUAUCAAACUUCAUAGUCUUCUUGGUAACAAAUGGUCUUUGAUAGCGGGAAGAUUACCGGGUAGAACAGAUAAUGAGAUAAAGAAUUAUUGGAAUACUCAUAUUAGAAGAAAGCUUUUGAAUAGAGGAAUCGACCCUGCUACUCAUAGGCCUUUAAACGAGGUUUCUCAUUCGCAAUCGCAAUCUCAAUCUCAAUCUCAUUCUCAAGUUCUUCAUCUUCAGAAUCAAAAUCAGAAUCUUAGCCACAAUCAAGAAGGUGUAACUAUAGCUGUAGCAGCAUCUGCUUCAACUACUGCCACUUCUACAGUUAUAGCCGCGGCUGCACCCACAUCAAUUAUAUCUUUUGCUCCGUCGUCUAUUAAACAAGAACAAUAUCAUAAUCAUUAUCAUAAUCAUAGUCAUCAUAGUUACAGUCAUAAUCAUCAAGAGAUGAUGAUUAAAGGCUCGGUGUUAGAACGGUGUCCGGAUUUGAAUCUUGAGUUAACAAUAAGUCCUCCGCGGCAACAAGAAUCAGAAGAACCAUUCAAAAGCAGAGAAAGAAACAACAGCAGCAGCAACAAUAGUAGCCUCUGUUUUGUAUGUAGUUUGGGUUUGCAGAACAGUAAAGAUUGUAGCUGUGAAGAAACUGUUGGAAAUUCAAACGGUGGAAAAGCACCUGCUUAUGAUUUCUUGGGCUUGAAAGGUGGUGUUUGGGAUUACAAAGGCUUAGAAAUGAAAUGAAGAAUGAAGAAUGAAGAAAAAUAGCUAUAGUGUUGGAAAAACAGAGUAUGAAGUUUGAGAGAAUGAAAUUUCAUUAAUUUUGAAGAAAAAAAAAAACUUUUUUUCUUUCUAUUUUCUUAUCUAAUUUGUAUAAAUAAUUAGUUGUUGAUGCAUAAGAUAUAUAGUAUGAGUAUAGCUGAACAUUAUUGGCUAUUUUUUUGCCUUGUUACUUUCAUCUAAAUUCUAUAAUUCUUCUGUUUGAAUU